AUGGAUCAAUCGACAACAAUUAUGAAACUUUUUCGAACACUUCAAUUUCGUAAACAUGUUAAAGAACUUACAAGCGCAUGUAAACGGAUCAAUAAAGAUGCUUGUUACGAAUUUGUAACUUAUCGUCAUGCAAUUCCGGACACAUUAACAACACAAAAAAAAUCAACAAAAUUUAAUAAAUUACGUUCGAAAAUUUAUAAUUAUAAACAAAGAAGUAAAAGUACAUGUCGUUUAUCAACUCGUAUAAGACCGAAAACAGAAUGUUCAUCAUCAUCAACAACAACAACGACAACUAUUCAUAAUACUGAACAACCAUUUGAACACUUGGCACAUGCUACAUCAACAUCACCAGCUAAUUUAUCUAUGAUUGUAAAACAAUCAUAUAAACCUUUACAUGCUAAAUCAACACAAUUUAAUAAGAAUACAAUUGCUGUAACGAAAGGUACAUCUGUCAAAGCUCUAUAUUCUAUAUCAAAUUGGGUAUUUAUUGAAAUUAUUGAAACAGGUCAAACUGGUUUUGUACCUGUUUAUUGUCUUCGUUUAUCAGAUUCAUCAUUAGAAUCGUCUUCUCAAAAAAAUUUAAGUUUAUUAAAUGUAAGCAUUUAUGAAAAACCUCAUUCUAUAUCAACACCAACUCAACCUGGUCGUUUUAUUUCAUCAAUUGGACCAUGUCAUUUUAAUAUAGAACAACUAUCUUUAACUUGUUCACGUAUAAAUAAAUCAGGAACAUAUACACGUCAAAAUAAAGAUCAAUCAAAUUUAUCCCGACAAAUAUCAAAUAUAUCUCUUCAUGCUUAUGAUCAUGAUGCAUAUGGAACACUUAAUUUAACACCAUGUAAAAGUUUGUCAUUUAGUGUAUUAGAUAAUGAAUCAAUUCUAUAUCAUUCAAAUAAUCGUUUACGUGUUACAAAAAAUUAUCAACGACAAUUUGUUGGUGAUAUUAGUGUAUUAGAAUCAGAAGUUGUUACACUUGUUCAUACAACUCAAAUAGAUAAUGAUUGGCGUUUUAUUCGACGUGGUGAUGGACGUCAAGGUUAUAUACCAAGACAUAUUGUUGUACCUGAUAGAAAUUUUAAUUAA